AUGUUAGCUGAUUGUGUUUUGGAUUGUGAGAAUGGCUCUAGUGUGAAGGAAGAAUUCAAUGUAGAGGCUCUAGAGAAGUUCCUUGAAGAAUCUAGCUCGGCAGUUGUUACAGAAUUCAACAAUGACCCAGACAACCACCCUUUUGUUAUCAAGUUCUUCAAUGGUCCAAAUGAUAAGGCUAUGUUGUUUCUGAACUUCAGCAGUGAUGUUGCUGAUGCUUUUAAAUCAAAGUAUCGUGAAGAAGCUGAGAAAUACAAAGGAGAGGGCAUAAGUUUUUUAGUUGGAGAUCUAGAGGCUAGUCAAGGUGCCUUCCAGUACUUUGGACUUACAGAAGACCAAGUGCCUCUCAUCAUCAUACAGACCAAUGACAGACAAAAGUUUUUGAAACCACAUUUGGAGCCAGAUCAUAUUUCAGUUAGGGUGAAGGAAUACAAGGAUGGGAAAGUAUCACCAUACAAAAAGUCUGAACCCAUCCUUGAGAAGAACGAUGACCCUGUUAAAGUUGUAGUCGCUGAGAGCCUCCAGGACAUUAUUUUCAAGUCUGGGAAAAAUGUGCUACUCUAG